GCUUCAAUGGCCAACAUGAGGAACGAGUAUGUGCAAAUGACGAAAAACCUGCUGCGAAUACCAGAGCUUGUGGAGGAAAAGAAAGGCCGCGGAGGUGGUGGAGGCCGCCGGAGAAAAGGCGAGGCUGGAGACGAGUUCGUCAACGAUAGCUCCGAUAUGGGAAGUUGGCAUGGAGGAGAAGGUGGUGAAGAAGGUGGCGAAAGGCGAAAGAAAGAUAAAUCUGCUAAAAAGGCCUCAAGAAAACGAAGAGAGAGACGAGCGGCCAAUGCUGGAAGUGGAUCUGAAAAUGAAGAGGAAGCACGUGAGCGACGACGAAGAAAGAAGGAGGCUGCACAAAGAAAGGCUGAAGCGAAGCUGUCGCAGAAGCAGCAGUCGAAGAUCAAAAGUCGUGCAUUCUUAUCGUCCGACGACGACUCAUCCGAUGGUGCACCAGUUCGUGCACCUGAGGAUGCAGGUGAAGACAGUCCAAGGCCACCGAGAAUCACAGAUUCAGAAGACUCUGAUGAUAGCGCACCUCGCCAUCGGCGGAAAAAGGUUGGUGUCACCUCUGUUCCUUUUUGGAAUUUAUUAAAUUUAACAUUAUCUUAA